AUGUAUUUUAAAAUGUUAGUUUUAUUUUUUAUUUUUCAUCACAAGGAGGUGCAAUGUUGGAGGAACUACAGAAUUACCUUGAGAUCUGCAGAACUUGCUUAUCUUGCAAAAGGAUAUAUUUUGGAUGAUUACGUGUACAAAAUAAAGAAAACAAAUCGAACGUACUCAGCUGUACUUUUGAAUUUUACGUUGAUUACUGUCAUGGAGAAUGCUAAUCUAACAUUACAGUUUUAUCAACAUGUAAGCAACCGAUAUAAAGAAUAUUUCCCUCAAAUGACCAUAGAUUAUUGCACCAUGAUAAACCCCAAUGCUGGAAGUAAGCAGAGUGGCUUUGCAGACAACUUUUUCACAAAACUAAAGGAACAGAUUAUAGACUUAUUAUUUAUCAAAGGACAUAAACUUCCAAUGAGCUGUCCAGUAGCUAAGGGUAAUUAUUAUGGAGAGUUACACGUUGACGAAGCAAAACUACCCUCUUACGUCUUGCCAACAGGAAGGGGCUCAAAUAUUUCCAAAUUGAUAAAAAAAUCUGAAAUACAAAUAAAAUCCUUGGGAGCAGGAAAAUUUGAGAAUAUUCAUAUUAAGGACCAACCUAAUAUUUAUACCAGCUGCCCUUUCAUGAUAGGUCCUUUUGACUACUGCUGCUUUGCACACUGACUUCUUCACCAGGAAUCGCUCUGGAAAUAUUUUAUGAAGUCCUUUCGACUACUGGUGCUCUGCACACUGACUCCUUCGCCAGGAAUCCUUCCAGAAACAUUUUACCAGGUCCUUCUGACGACUGCUGCUCUGCACACUGACUUUUUCACCAGAAACCGCUCUGAAAAUAUUUUAUGAAGUCCUUUCGAAUACUGGUGCUCUGCACACUGACUCCUUCACCAGGAAUCUUUCCAGAAACAUGUUACAAGAUCUUCUCAAUCCAACUAUUACUGCCCUGAAGCUCUAACAUGUGAAUGACUCG